GAUUGGCGCCCUCCGUCAUCACUUCCGGGCUCUGCCAUUGGCUGUGAAGUAUCUGUCCCUCUGGUAGUGGUGGACCUGUUUGUUGUGAUGUACGGCCAGUAAUACGGAGCUGGGCGGCUAUGCGCUCCCUCAGCUUUGUCCAGCGGGCCGUGCUGGAGUUUAGUGGCUCGCUCUUCCCGCAUGCGCUGUGCCUCGGGGACGCGGACAAUGAUUCGCUGAAUGAACUGAUCGUGGGAGACACCAGCGGGAAGUUGCAUGUAUACAAGAAUGAUGAGAGCAAGCCAUGGAGAACCCGCUGCUGUACUGGCAUGCUGACCUGUGUCGGUGUAGGAGAUGUUUGCAACAAAGGAAAGAAUCUUGUGGUUGCAGUCAGCGCAGAGGGAUGGUUUCAUCUUUUUGACUUAACCUCCAAAUUGGAUACUACAUGGGACUUGAUGGGAGAGGAAAUGAAAGCCAACUACACUCAGCAUCUGCCUGCCAAUACGAAGCUUGUUUUGAUAAGUGACAUAGAUGGAGAUGGCCGAUAUGAGCUAGUUUUGGGUUACACUGACCGUGUAGUACGGGCUUUUCGCUGGGAGUGUCCCCCAGAUGCUGACAUGUCCUAUGGUCAGCUUGUACCUUUGAAAAAAUGGCUUCUUGAGGGGCAGGUGGACAGUCUUUCUGUGAACCCUGGAGCGGAUGGUACUCCAGAACUAAUGGUGUCCCAGCCAGGCUGUGGAUAUGCAGUUUUGAGGUGUACUUGGAGUAAUGAGACUAGCCUGGUAUCUGAGGGGGCAGGAGCAGCUGAAGCAAGGGAAGUUUCUUCAAGAGAUGUAAUCCUCCACCAAACAUCUGGCCGGAUCCACAAUAAAAAUGUUUCUACACACCUCAUUGGCAGCAUCAAGCAGGGACCGGGUGUGGGGAACAAUGAAGCUGGUUUGUUUGCACUCUGCACACUGGAUGGCACUUUGAAACUUAUGCAGGGUUCCGAUAGGCUUUUGUGGUCAGUUCAGGUUGAUCACCAGUUAUUUGCUCUGGAGAAACUAGAUGUUACGGGAAAUGGCCAAGAGGAAGUUGUUGCUUGUGCUUGGGAUGGACAAACCUACAUUAUUGAUCACAAUCGCACUGUACUGCGGUUCCAGGUUGACGAGAAUGUUAGCGCCUUCUGUGCUGGACUGUAUGCGUGCAGGGGAGGUCAGAAUAGCCCCUGCCUGGUUUAUGUGGGUUUUAACCAAAAAAUCUAUGUAUAUUGGUCCGUGAUGCUGGAGAGAAUAGAAUCUUCCAAUAUCUUGCGUGUUUUGGAGGAAAAUAACGAAUUUGCUUCAAUUCUUAAAGAAUUGCAUGUGGAUGCAAGUGAUGCUUCUGCUGUCCGUGAACUUAUCCAUCAAACCCUGUAUUCUCCUAAUGGACAACAUUAACAUCAAUCUAAAGAGAAGGGUUUGAUGACCUUGGGAAUAUGGCCACUGGAACACUUGCCUUGUAACUUUUGGAUAUAACCUUAGUCCACUUUGCACAAUAUGUACUGUACAAUGAUGGAGAGUUCUAUCGCUUGGAAAUAAUUGAUCGGCUGUAUCUGUUUCAACCAUGCCAUGGCAUGUUAGAUGUUCGAUGUUAAUUUCCAGGACACUUCAUUGUCUACCAUCAGCUUUAGAAGAUCUGGUUAUUUGAAAGUGAAUAAUACCCAUGGGUGCUGGCUUCUUUAUCUGCUAUAUCAAUUUCUUAUUUUAAUACAGAUCGAGUAAGUGACAGUUAUGUCCCCAGUUGCAGUCUUUUGCCUCAGACUCUGUGUACUUGUAAGGUCGUGAAAAUAUUGUUAUAUAAUGUAUACAUUUUUUCCAGGCUGAGUUGAGUUUAAUAUACUUUAAUUGGCUUUAUCAUUGUUGCAUUCGGCACAUCAGCAAUAAGAAAAUAUACAGUUCACAAAGGAAAUAAAAACUGUAAGAAUCAACAAAUAAACACGAUUUGAUGGUGACAUACUUGAAGGAAAAAAAAAAAAUCAAUAUGAAAACUGAACCAAUAAAGUAGUUUUAAACCCUUACAUGUACCCACUGUAGUGACUGGCCUCAUGCUAUGGAGAUUAAACCAAUCCUCCUAAAUAAAGUUCCACCUGUUUAUCUGCA